AUGUUGAAAAGUACAGUACCUGCAUUAAAGAUUUCAGCCAGCUUAAAUUUACAGGGUCCUAAUAAAAUGAUUGGCAAUUUUAAUCUCAGCCUUCAAAUUAUCAACGCUAUUAAUCUCUGUUCUCUGAUCACUCCUACAUCUCUCGAGAUCCCACUAAAGAUGUUCAAUUGGGCUGAGAUCCAAGCUUUGAGCUCGCUAGUAGUCAAGCCCUCAGAGUUCACUAUGACUGUCCUUUCAUCACCUCCAAUAUGA